AAAAGUAAACAUUACAGUUCUAACCUUACAUUUUUGAUAUAAUAAUUAUUAUAAAUAAAUAUUUAGCUAUUUUAUUAAUAUUAUAAAUGCCACCAAAAAAAGGAGGUGCAUCCGGAAAAGGUGGAAAAAGCACAAAAUCAGAAGAUAGUGCUGAUAAAGGUGGCGCUGGGAAAGAAAAGAAAGGAGGAACAGCGGUAAAAGUACGUCAUAUAUUAUGUGAAAAACAGGGAAAAUGUUUAGAAGCAUUAGAAAAAAUUAAAGCUGGUCAAAGAUUUCCGGAUGUGGCAGCUGCAUACAGUGAAGAUAAGGCGCGUCAAGGUGGUGAUCUAGGUUGGAUGACUCGAGGUUCUAUGGUCGGUCCAUUCCAAGACGCUGCCUUUGCAUUACCUGUCUCAACUGUAAAUAAUCCUGUUUAUACUGAUCCACCCAUUAAAACCAAAUUUGGAUAUCAUAUUAUAAUGGUCGAGGGCAAAAAAUAAAGUUUUGUUAAUUUUGUAUAAA